UCACAGUACAUUUGCACUAUGGAAAGAUAACAAAUACAAAUGUUAGAUUCGUGACUUGCAGUUGUAAAAUUGGUUCGUAAAGUUGUGACGGCGGUCAUGUAUACAUUUUGUUUUACAUUCUUUGCUGUUGAAGUGCUGUGGUAUGCUGGUGCUUCCGUGUCAGAUGGCCAACUGUCGGACUUUAUGGCAACGAUCUGGAACGGUGAUACUAACGCAGCAACGAGCGUCAGGGUCAACCUUCAAGGUCACACAUACUCUGGCUCUACGUCUGACAGGGCGUCCAGCAGUUUAUUUAGCUAUGUAAACGACUAUUACUACUUUAGUCGUCCAACCUAUGCCGCCCUGAUUCGUCUCCUUGACAACUAUAAUCACGUGGUAGGUGGGGCGGAGCAUUCAAAUUACGAAGAAGAUCACGAAGUGACGUCAUUUUUGGAUGCUAUUUCUAAGACAUCAGUGAUGCAGAAAACUUUGCAGUUUCUUCACCAACAUGGUUAUGUUGGAUCAACCUGGAGUUCAUUGGAGACCCAGCUACGGCGUAUCUGGUUUGAUGGUUAUCCUCGACAUGGUCACGUUACUGAUAGUUCUGGUUUUGAGCACGUGUUUGUUGGUGAGACUGACUCUACAGAAGUUGUUGGUUUUCAUAACUGGAUACAGUUUCACUUACAAGAAAAGAAAGGAAAUCUUGACUACAUGGGAUAUAUAUUCUCAAAGCAGCCUAACAUACUUGGUGCCCACUUCAGAUGGUUAUCGAAAACAAAGUCUUUGGGUUCCUUAAUGUAUGGUACAAGUCCAGAGUUUGAUAUUGCAAUGUACACAGUCUGCUUUUUCGCGAGGACGAACCAUAAGUGUAACUUCUCGGUAAAUGGACACAAUAUUCAGGUCCAGACUUAUGAUAUCAACCAUGGCGGAGGAAUACAUCUUGGUACUGCUCACCUUUGAAUCAAUGAGUCUGUUUUUAACUGAAACUAAAACUGUUGAAACAUGU